UCUUUUGUGACCGAGGUUCCACAGCCCUCACCCGGACUCUGACCCCGCUAGUUCCGUUUCCGGCAGCACCAGAUAAGUCGCGUGAGGAGAGUUAAAACCUGUCGUUUGCAUUUAGGAACACCGGUUCACAAUGGUCCGUAGUGGGAAGAAUGGUGACCUUCAUCUUAAACAGAUUGCAUAUUAUAAAAGAACAGGUGAAUACCACCCAACCACACUGUCCAGCGAGAGAAGCGGCAUACGGAGAGCGGCGAAAAAAUUUGUCUUCAAAGAAAAAAAGCUGUUUUAUGUUGGGAAAGACAGAAAACAAAAUCGUUUGGUGGUUGUUUCAGAAGAGGAAAAAAAGGAAGCCCUGAGAGAAUGCCACGAGAGUGCCAGUGGUGCUCACCACGGCAUAUCCAGAACCCUCACUCUAGUGGAAGCCAACUACUACUGGACUUCCGUGACCAAUGAUGUCAAACAGUGGGUAUAUGCUUGUCAGCAUUGCCAAGUAGCAAAAAAUACAGUUAUUCUAGCACCUAAACAGCACCUUCUCAAGGUGGAAAGUCCGUGGAGUAUAGUUACUGUUGAUCUGAUGGGACCUUUUCAUACAAGCAGCAGAAGUCAUGUGUAUGCUAUAAUCAUGACAGACUUGUUCACAAAAUGGGUUAUGAUUUUGCCUUUAUGUGAUGUUUCAGCGUCAGAAAUUUCUAAAGCUAUUAUCAAUAUAUUUUUCUUAUAUGGACCUCCUCAGAAAAUAAUAAUGGACCAAAGAAAUGAAUUCAUUGAACAGAUCAAUAUAGAACUGUAUAGAUUGUUUGGUAUAAAACAGAUUGUAAUUUCUCAGACUUCUGGAAGUAUUAAUCCAUCUGAAAGUACACCUAACACAAUCAAAACAUUUCUCUCCAAACACUGUGCUGAGCACCCAAACAAUUGGGAUGAGCAUCUGUCAGCCCUUUCACUUGCCUUCAAUAUAACUCACUUGGAGCCUACUAAAAGCACACCAUAUUUCCAAAUGUUUAAUCGGAAUCCUUGUAUGUUGGAGACUUCAGGUAGUCCUCAUGAAGUAAAUGGUGAAAAUACAAGUAUGUUUGCCAGAAUUGUAGAUGCAGUUAAGGAAGCUGAUAGAAUAAUGGAGAACAAGACAUCAGUGGGACAGAUGGAGAACAACAAUUUGAAUGAACUAAAUAAAAGCAAGAUUGUUAAAAAGAAACCAAAGCAGUUAAAUCCGUUUCAUUUAAAAGUCGGUCAUGAAGUUUUAAGACAGAGGAAAAACUGGUGGAAGGAUGGACGUUUCCAGUCUGAAUGGGUUGGUCCUUGUGUUAUAGACUAUAUUACAGAGAAUGGAUGUGCUGUCCUGAGAGACAGCACCGGAACUAGACUUAAAAGACCUAUCAAAAUGUCCCAUCUUAAGCCUUAUGUAAGAGACUCCAAUGAACAAGACAGUCUUUAUCUCUUGCAAGGUUCAGUAGUAGCAGAUCAUGACUACAUUGGAUUUCCUGAAAUUCCAGUUGGAGCAUACCAAGGAAAUAUUCUGGUAGAAGAUGCAACUAUUGGUGUCGUAGAUAAUGAAUUAUUGGCAUCAAGCAAGGAUCGUGAACUACUAGAAUAUAGAAAUUCCAAAAUCUCUCCAUUGGUAGAAGAUAAUGGUACUCUUGAAAAGCAGACUUUCAGUCUAUUGGACUCUUCAAAUCAAGUUCUUGAGUACUUGACUUAGUAAAUACAAAAUUAAAGUACUUCUUUGGAAUGUAUAAAUCUUUUUAUUUUAAAUAUUUUAUAUUUUAAGAUAGAUUGUAUAGAAGAAAUGUCUUGAUACAUUCUUAAUGACUAAAUUCUGAAGGUUUAUUUAUUAUCUAAUGUGCCACAUUUGAAUAUUGGUAUACAAAUACACAUAUGCAACAGAAACAUUUUGUAUAUAGAAUUCAGAAUUUUGUAGAGAAUAGGCAAAAUACUGUACUUCUUAGGAACUAAAUUUUAGUAGAAAACUCUCAAAUCCUUGUCUACUACUAGUACUGCAUUUUCAGUCUAAUUUUUCAGGAAUAUCUCCCCUUCUUAAAAAAUUUAAACUGCUUAUAAUUGAAUUAAUAAUAAACAUUGAGUGAACUAUAA